ACUCUAGAUUUAGUUUUUAUUAAAAAAAUUCGUUUUCGUUCAAUUUUUUUAUUAUAUAUAUAUUCAAUUCGAACUUUGAUUUAUUUAAUUUUAAAAAAAUUAUAUUCAAUCAGUUCAUUUCGUUAUCACGUUAUUAAACGAACCAAAGUAUUUAAGGUAAAAUCUAUUAGUAAAUAUUUAUUUUCUAAGCAAUUUUAAAUCUAAUCAUUUUUUUAUUAAUUAGGAUAUAGUAGAAUAUCAUCAUUUUGGAUGAAUGGUUACACACAUGUCAUAUGAAAAUCAGCUUGGUUGAACCACCACAGCUCCUGUGUUAGGUAAUGGAAGGUGAGAGAUAUUGGCAAAGCAGCAUAAGCAACUUCAAUGGUCAAUCCUAAUAUAUGAACUAGGACACAUGAACAAAGGCAGCACAAACACUGAGAUGGCAGACCAACAGACCAGAGUUCAUCCAGCCCGAGACGUGGAGUCAUCCUCGGAGCAAAUGCGACGACGCAAGGCAGAGAUUCCCGGCACAAUGAUCCCUCCUUCGAGCAGUCCUAAAGCCAGAAGAAAGAACCAAAACUUCCUCUGCAGGUGCUUUUGUUGGAUUCUCGUCCUUCUCGUUACCGCUCUUGUCACCUUAGGCAUUUCUAUCGCGGUUAUAUACCUCGUUUUCCGCCCGAAACUGCCUCAAUACGACGUGGAUAGUCUAAGAGUGAGCAACCUAAGGAUCAACCUCGACCUUACCCUUUACGCGGAAUUCGACGUCAAGAUCACCGCUCGAAACCCUAAUGAGAAAAUCGGGAUUUACUACGAGAAAGGAGGCCAUUUGGGAGUUUGGUACGCGAAAACAAAGCUUUGCGAAGGCCCGAUACCGAGAUUUUACCAGGGGAAACGUAAUGUGACUAAACUAGACGUGACACUGAAGGGAACAGCGCAGUACGGUAACGCGAUCAUGUCAGCGUUGAAGCAGCAGCAGGAGACGUCGGGACGAGUGCCGUUGGAUCUGGAGGUCGAUGCUCCUGUAGCCGUUAGAUUAGGGAAGCUGAAGAUGAGGAGGGUUAGGAUAUUGGGCAAAUGCAAGCUUGUCGUGGAUAGUUUGUCCGAAAACAAUAGAAUCAACAUCAAAGCUAGUGAUUGUAGGUUUGGUCUUAAGCUUUGAAUUGUUUUCUUUCAGUCUCUUCCCAUUGUUUCAUUACAAUUUUUAUUUGUUGUGUUAUGUUAUGUUAUAUGUGUUCAUUUGGGGACUAAUCA